UUCUAAUUCUACCUAGUCUGUGAGAGAGAUGGGGCUAAGCUAGGACUCUAGGAGUUUGCAAAUAAAUGUGAUAAAAAUUGUUAUUAUAUUAAAAGCUAAUAAAAUUUUAUUUCGUAAACAGUUUAAAUAUAUCAAAUCAAAAUGGGUCGACGAUCAAUAAAUACCACCAAGAGUGGUAAAUACAUGAAUCCCACGGAUCAAGCUCGCAAGGAAGCCCGAAAGAAGGAACUGAAGAAGAAUAAACGACAACGACAAAUGGUCAGGGCAGCAGUGCUCAAAAUGAAAGAUCCUACACAGAUUCUUGAUGAGCUACAAAAAAUCGAUGAAAUGGAAUAUAAUGUAUUACAACCCUCGCCGCUGAAUGAAAAAGUGUUGAAAGAGAAGAGAAAAAAGUUAAAAGAAACAUUUGAUAGGGUGUUAAAGAUGUAUUACAAGGAUGAUCCAGAAAAGUGGGUUGACUUAAAACGUCAAGAAGUGGAGUAUGAGAAAAGAAGAGCUCAUUUGAUAUCUUAUUAUGAAUCUGUAAAACAUGCACAAUCAGUGCAAGUUGAUGAUAUUCCUUUGCCAACACUACAGGUCCCUGAUAACUUGAUUUAUGGAAACUUGCCAUUACAAAUACCACUUCCAGCUGAUACAUUACAUCCAAGUGUACCAAUGAAACCAAUUCUAAAGAAGGAUUCUGCAUAUAAAGAAAGACCAGCAGGAGUAGAGCCCCCAGGGGUGCCCCCAGGUCCACCACCCGAUUAUGGUCUUUUACUUGCUGAGGCUGUCAAGUUAAGCAUAUCUGAGAAGAAGACCAUACGUUUCUCUGAUAUAGCUGAUGACGGACCACCGGGAAUUAACGUAAACUCUAGCGUAUCUAAGAUUAAAAAAGGAGAGUGUUGCCAAAAUCUGGAUGCAAGCAAUGAUGAAGCAAUGGAUGAGGAUAGCCCACCCAGCCCAAUCCCUCCAGGUGUCCAAAACGGUAGUAUCGCUGAUGCCCCUGGUGCCCCUGGGGUCCCUGGAGCCCCCGGCGCUGCGGCUGCUCCAAAGCCCACAUCACUACAGCAACGAAUGUUGGCUCUCUCUGGGCAGAAUAUAGACGACUUUAUGAAGGAGAUGGAAGAGGUUCACCGAAAGAGAGAGAGGGACAGAGCUGCGGAUUUGAAUGCACGUUUGAGUGCACUCAAGCGGACUAAAGCCGGUCGCGAUAGUGACUCUGACAGUGAGCCCGAGAACUCAGUCGACGUGGAGCCACCAGGGUUAGAAGUACGGCCCAUGAUACCCCCACCGUUAAUGCCAGUUUCAGGUCUACGUCCCCCAAUGCUUCGAGUGCCCCCCGGUGCACCACCUGGUGUCCCCCCUGGGGUUCCUCCAGCGCCCCCCGGUCUGCCACUUGUGAUGCCCCCUGGACCCCCACCCGGUCUACCCGGUCGGCCGUUACGUCCCCCUGGGCCUCCCCCCGGUGCGCCUCCGCGACUCAUGAGACCAUUAGUGCCCCCACCACCACAUGUAUCAGUACUGACGGCUGCCCCACAACUCAUUCAGAAGAAGGAUGCGCCACAGAGUGCAACAAUAAGUGCGAAGCCCCAAAUCCGGAAUUUAUCAGCGGAUGUCACGCGUUUUGUGCCUUCAGCGUUGCGUGUCAAACGUGAAGAUAAAAGGACGAAGACCGAGCUUAAGGCGACAAUACAUAGGACUGAAAUGCCAAAACAAGUGCCAACCAAAGAUGACGCUUAUAUGCAGUUCAUGAAGGAAAUGGAAGGACUAUUAUAGAAUUAAAUAAAUAUUAUAAGAGUUUUGA